CCUUGCCUGGUUGAACAUUUCAGGAAUCUAUUCAGCAUUUGCAAUCGAAUAACUCUUGGUGAUUACCAAAACGGGCUACGUUAGUGCCGCAUUGUUUGCGCGCACACAAGAGAUUAGAUCAUGCGCCUGGAGCAAGCAUUCUCAAUAUAUUGACACCGUCUAAUUGUCUGUCGAGGGUUGACCAAGACCUAUUUAGCGCCAGUUAAACCCUCCCACCAUCACUGCGCACCACGACACCAUGGCCGAUCGCGAGGAUGAGGAUUCCUCCAACAUUGACUCGGAAUUUAUAGAAGCAUCCCAGCUCACCUAUGCCGUUCCUCUCUCAUCAUCGCCAGACCUCGCAGAAGUGCUGAAGCAGAGCAGCAGUAAAAGCUCCACGUCGUCGCCUUUCAAUUCACUCGAACAGAGGGCAUUCCUCUUUUUUGAUGAAUCCAUCCAUGUCUAUCUCAUACUACGAACCCCACGACGCGACGAGGAAUACUUGCGGCCACUGCUGGCCCGCAUCUCCCUGUCGCUCGAGGCCUACGUCGUGAAUAGUAACGCUCUGGGCCGGGACCACAGCCCACCGGCUAGCGAAGUAAUCUUCAGUGAUGACGCUGUAGAACGAAGCCUCGAGGCAGGCAAAGUCGACAAUGCCACCGAAUCCGAGCAAAGUGAUAACUUGCCGGUAAUCCUACACGAUGAUACAGACGGGGAAGACAAGGAGCGGUAUAGCUUCGCGAUAUGGAAGGUUCCGGUGCUCAUUUCAAGGCCACGCAUCAGACUGCAAAGUCCCACCGUUGUGUUUGCGGCAGCGGCACACCUGCGUGCUCCGGUGACACCAGACGAGAACAGCGGAGAUGUCGACGACAGUGACGGUGGCAUAGUGAGGAAUGGCUACCUAGAGAGUCGCGCGCCGGUAGGGCUCAAUCUGCUCGAGCCCUUUGCUCACGACCCGGCUCUGCACGGCUUCAAACCGAGAUUAUCCGCUCAGCGUGUCUCGCUCGUGGUCCCAGUGACGCAGAGCAAGGACUUUCGACGGCCCAUCAGGGGCCUCCAGAAUCUGAGCUUCGACGUGGUGGCGGCAGUGCAUACACGGGUCAAGUUUGCGCGGCCGAAUGCUCAACCUGCUAGCUCAACCGUGAUCGCCAUGCUCGAGUUGGACUUUACGCCAUAUUUCGAAUGUGAAACCGUCCUCACCAACAUCUCGCUGAGCCUACCCUCGGGCGUCGUCACCGACAUGAACAGCGACGCGGGCCUGAAGUUACCCUUGAGCUGCGUAGCUCACGACCACGUGACGUUCCUGUAUCGACUCGCUCCCACCGAGCAUGAGCAGCUCCUCGAAGGCGCCCCAGUGGCCGUGACCGUGCCUGGCACACCACGGGCGUCCAUGGCCCCCGCCGCCCGGGAUCUGGACAUAUCUAUAGAGGUCAAGGCCCUAGUCCGCCCUGGCGAGUGCACUCCUCGCCUGAAGAUGGCCUGGAGCACCCCCGUGGACUUCACCCCGCCCGUGAACCCCGGCUUUGGCGCAUCCUCCAUGGCACCACCCCUACAGCGAGCCCAUCGACCCUCUCAGCUCUCCAUCGACGGCGCCGCCUCCAUGGUCAACCCGGCCGUGGCCCGCCCAGACUCCCUCCCCGGCCUCGAGGCCGCCACGCAGCGCAACGUGGAAACCACGAUACCCGAUUUCGGCAUCACCAUCACCUUUUCCGGCCCCGAGAAGCCCGCCCGCGUAGGCGAGGAGUUUUGCUGGUCCGUCUUCGUCGUCAACCGCUCCGGCACCUCGGCCCUGCCCAUCUCCAACGCCCCGCCCGUCUCGCGCAAGCUCGCCCUGCGCGUCAUUCCCAAGCGCCGCCGCACCAACGACGUGCGCGUCGUCCGGCCCCCUACCAGGCGGCAACCGCCCGCGGCAGCUGCCAAGGGGAAGAAGGACCCGGUCGCCAGGGAGCAGCAGCUGAUCGCCGACGCGGUCAUCGACGAGAACGUCGUGCACGCCAUGCACCGCAGUUCUCUGGUCGAGGGAUACGACGUCCUAUGCCUCAGCGCCGACGCUCGGGUCGGUCCACUGGCCCCGGGGGCUUGUCACGUCGUGGACUUGCGCUUUGUGGCGUUGCGGGCGGGGACUCUGACUAUCGAAGCUGUGCGGGUUGUGGAUAUGGUCUCACAGGAGCAUGUCGACGUCAGAGAGCUUCCCACCAUCCAUGUAGAACCAGAACUGACAGAGUCUUGA